CAUGCAAGAGAUAACUUUGAGUUCAGAUAUGAGAACCGAAGAUGACUAAAAUUUGUACGUUUAUGAUUAUUAUUCAUUGUUUUUGGUGCGCGGCCUUGAACUUGAAUGACAACCAAUACGUUUUAAAGAAUGGAGGAUUUAUUUUUUCAAUGCCUCGAGUUCUUGUUUCUGGAAAGAACCACUCUGUAUGCCUAUCACUUCACGAUAUAUCAGUUCCUGCUAAAAGCGUUAUUGAAGUAAAACAAAAGGAUCGACAUACUUAUUUGACCAAAUCCAUGGAUUCAGAACACAGUUGUUUCGAAAUAUUCGUUCCAAAAACAAGCGUCCAAGAGCCCCAUUUAAUUAACGUAAAGGUGCAAGUUCAAUCCAAAGGUUCUUUGUAUUCUGCACACAAUUUAGAUCCAAUUCUAGUUUAUGCGAAUAAAUGGACCAAAACAUUCAUAGAUACUGACAGAGGAAUUUAUAAGCCAGGAGAUAAAAUUAGAUUUAGAAUUUUGGUCGUGGAUGAAAAAUUUAUGCCCGUUAAUAGUAAGAUUCCAAAAAUUGCAAUAAAAAAUCCUCUUGAAAUAGCAGUUGCUGUGUGGGAAGAUGUAAUUUUAGAAAAUGGUCUAGCUAGUUUAGAGUAUGAAAUGGUACACGAAUCUCUAGUGGGAAAAUGGAAGCUUGAAACACGUGAAGAGUCAAAAAUAUUUGAGGUUUCCAAGUAUGUGUUACCUCGAUUUAAGGCCAGUUUAAAAGCACCUGAAAGGAUUUUCUUCAAAAUCAAAAAGUUUCCAAUUAAAGUGUGUGCCCAGUAUUCACAUGGACGACAUGUGAAAGGACUUGCUUUUAUAAAAGUUACUGAUUCUCAUGGUAACAUGAAAUCAUUUAAUAGACUAAAAGAGAUGGAAAAUGGUUGUGGAGAAUUCAUUCUAACGUCCGAAGAUUUAUCCCUAAUAAGAAAGUUGUCAAGUACGGAAAACAAAAUGUACCUACACAUUACAGCGACGGCAACUGAAAAAGGCACAAACAAAAUUGAAAUUGUGUUUGGAAAGAUCGCUGUCGAUUUUGAACCUUAUAUCAUGAAGUUUUCCAGCGAAGGAAUGUUUCAACCAGGUCUACCUUACAACGGAAAAUUGACGUUUAACAAUUUAAACGUUAAUUUAUCUCAAGAAGUUAUUCAGAUAUGCUACAACAUUGCAAUUAAGAAAAGUUGGAACUAUGUCAACGACGAACAAUGUUCAAACUUUACUCUUAAUGAUGGUAACGAAUUGAAUUUUCAAGUUUUACCGAUGACACGAAAUGUUAUUCAUAUUAACUUUUAUGCAAAAGCUCUAAAUCGUUCUCACAUAGAAGACAGUUUUUUAGCAGUAAGGCUAUUUUCUCCUAGCAAUAGUUACAUUCAGAUUGAACAAAUUCACCAAAGAAAAGAAGCUAAUGAAUGUAGAGCUGCACAACAAUUCAGAAUUCAUUUUACAACUGAUAUGUUUAAGGAAAAUGAAAAUGUCACAUUCUAUCAUAUGAUUAAAAGUGUAUCAUAUAUAAAAUUAAGAAAAAUUCAAUAUAAUACAAAGAAGAUUAUCCCAAAUUAUCUCCAAAAUUUGAAAAACAUCAUAGGAGAAAAACAUAAAUACAGUAAACUGGGUGCAUCGUCUGAUAGCUUAAUUAUCAAAUUUAAAUUGGACAGAAAGAUUGUAUCCGUUUAUCAAUUUUUGGUAUAUUAUGUUAAUAAAAAUGGUGAAACAAUUGCAGCAAGCAAAGUAGUACCUGUUGAACCGUGCUUGAUGAAGGUUACAGCAAGCUGGAAUCAAAAACAAAUGGUUCCUGGAUCCACUGUUCAACUAAAUAUUGAAACUAGUUCACAGUCUUUAUGUUCUGUUUCUGCUAUUGAUAAAUCAGCUAAAUUUCUUGCGCCAAGUCAUCAAAUAUCUAAGCUGGAUACGUUAAUGGGAUCUUUUUCUCCAGAGGAUAGGGGUUACCUAAAUUCCACCAGAAAAACAUGUAUAGUGAGAGAUAGAAAACAUAAAAAUUCUUAUAGAGAUUGGAGCUCGAUAAGAACUCAGCGCCAUGUCUACUCAUUUUCAGAAGAUUAUGAUGCUUUUGAUAUUUUCAAUAUAUUUGGUAGCCUCAUUAUCACUAACCUAAAGGUCGUCUCCAAGUCUUGUUAUCAAGGGCCGACUUUGAAGAAUACGAAUAGAGUUCAGUUCUUGACACAACGCUAUGAUGAUAUAAACGAGGAUCAAGUAACUUCGAUAAGGUCACAGUUUCCAGAAACUUGGUUGUGGGAACUGAUACCAGUUAGCGGAUCCGUUCAGUUAAGAAGACAUUUGCCUCACAGUAUUACAUCAUAUGUUACAAACGUAUUGUGCGUUUCUGAAAAAGAAGGCGUAGGAAUAAGUAAUGAAACAGAGAUCACUAGUUUCCAAAAUGUGUUUGUUGAGGUUUUGGUGCCAUACAGCGUAAAGAGGGAAGAAUCAUUUUAUUUAUAUAUCCAUGUUUCCAAUUAUAGAAGUCAUCCAAUACCUAUUCGUUUGAAUUUGGGAAUGUCGGAUGGAUUGGAAAUAAAUGAAAAGGAAGUUAAGCCAAGAGCUUCAUAUUGUAUUCAAGCAAAUAAUACAGUUACGCACAAAUUCAAAUUAAAGGCAAUAUCACUUGGUGCAGUAAACAUUAGCGUUUUAGCAGAAACCGAUACUCAGUACCCAUUUUAUUGUGGUCCUGAAACUAUUUUGUUUAAAAGAGAUUCCGAAAUUAAAACCAUUUUAGUAGAAUCGGAAGGAUUUCGUAUGAGAAAAACUAAAUCUGCCUUGCUGUGUGCUACGGGAUCCAAUAAUGUGUCUUGGGAUGUAACAGUUCCUCAUGCUAUAGUACAUGGUACUUAUAGAGCACACAUUAGCAUUAAUGGUGACAUAAUGGGAAAAACAGUGGAAAACUUGGAUGAAUUGCUAGAUAUCCCGACUGGGUGUGGUGAACAAAUAAUGGCGACAAUGGCACCAAAUUUAUAUGUCCUACGUUAUUUAAACUCUACGAAUUCAUUAAAGAAGCCCAUAAAACAAAAGAUAGUUCGAAAUCUUAAAAUAGGAUACCAAAGAAUUCUAAACUAUGUUCACGAAGAUGGUUCUUUCUCUGCGUUUGGUUAUCACGAUCCAAUGGGAUCAAUGUUUUUAACGGCAUUUGUCGUGAAGAUAUUAACACAAGCUAAGGAAUACAUUUAUGUGGAUCAGCAUAUGCUCGACCGUGCUGUUUCUUGGAUAUUCAACAAUCAAUUAGAAAAUGGCUGUUUCAAUACAAUGCAUCAUGUUUUUCAGGAUAUGGGCGGUGCCAGCAAAGAAAACAGUACAGCAAGCCUAACUUCAUAUGUAAUUUCAAGUCUACUUGAAGCCAAUAUCUUGAUACCACAAAGUGUACAAACUAAUUCAAAAUUCUGUAUCAGAAGUCAAAUCGAACCGGACAAAUACAGUUUAGCCUUAAACUGCUAUGCCAUGUUCAAAAUGAAGUGGGACAGUGAAGCCAAUAAAUUAUUGCAGAAGCUCUUAGCAUUGUCUGAACAGCACCAAAAUUUAAUGUGGUGGAAUAAUAAAGGUUCAAAUAUUUCGACAGCAUCAGAUAUUGAAACCACAAGCUACGUUCUUUUGUCACUCUUACAUCAAAAUUCUUCAGAAUACUUGGCUAAUGCUCUGUCAGUAGUACGUUGGUUAUCAUCUAAGUAUGGUGCUAAAGGGAGUUUUGUAAGCACUCAGGACACUGUGGUAGCUUUAGAUGCCCUCUCAAGAUAUUUGCACUUAGUUGAAUCGACUAACUUAGACCUGAUAAUGUACAUUCAAACGCCAGACAACAAACAUAAUUUAACUUUGACCAAUAGAGAUAGUUUGAAAUCAAGAAGAGUUACAAUGAGAGCAUCGAAUGGCACGGUUUCGAUUAAAAUUUCUGGUACAGGAUGCGUCCUUUCCCAAGUAAUACAAUCGUUUAACCUAAGGACAGUUCCCAGAAGCGAGGCAUUCAAAUUUGCCAUGGAGGUAUCUCCUGUUUCCACAAUCAAUCAAUGUUCGAUUAGCAGUUUAUCACCUUGUUUGGCAUACACCGCACCAGAUGGACCGUCAAAUAUGGCCGUGAUGGAAAUUUCACUGCCAACUGGAUAUCAAGCAGACAGAUCCUCUUUAUACAAAUUAGUGGAGUUCCGGAAUAUAUCAAGAAUAGAAAUGUUUGAAGAAAGUGAAGACAAAAUCAGUUUAUACUUCACAAAAUUAGACAAGCAUCUUGUCUGCUUUACUUUUAAUGUUCUUGAGAAUUUUUUGAUAGAAGGAAGAAAAUAUGCUAUCAUAAAACUAUACGAUUACUAUAAUCCCGAGUACGAAUUUCAAGAAUUCUACAAUAUAAGCGAUGAUUGUAGUAAACAUGUGGAGAAAUCGGAGAUUCCUGAAAUAAUUGAAACAUCUACGAACAGUUCCCUACUGGAUAUUGAAAAUACAACAGUGCCGGAUCCAGUUACAAAAUUAUAAAUUAUUAAUAAAAUUAUAACUUAAAAUAAAACAUUAUUCUAGCUA